UGUAAAGGAGCAGGUGAUUGACAGGUUCACAGACUGACGGUCUGUCAGCGGAAGCCUGGCAAAAACACAACAAAAAACGAACACGGAGGAGAUAGAGAGGAGAACCGGAGUCACAGCCGAGGAUAAAGUAGAUCUGAAAAUGCUUGCGAGAGCAAAUCAUCUGUCACUUGAGGAGACUGAUGUUUCUGAAGCAAGAAUUGAGACACAUAAGACUGAUGAUUUUCCCAGUCACAAGAUGAAAGGAGAGUCACCAAAGAAACAGGGUCACCAAACUGGAGGUGCAUCAUUGGAUAAACAGGAAACUGGAAAUGUUGAGUCGACUAACAUGUUCUGUGAUGACUAUGAGGAUGUUCCCGAUCGCAAGAUGAAAGAUGAGUCACCAAAGAAACAGGAUCACCAAACUGGAGCUGCAUCAUCUGAUGAACAGCGGCACCAGGAUGUCGGCGGCUCAGACCCAGAAGGAGGCCAGCGAGGCGGGCUGGAGCUGCCUGGAGGCUCUGGGUCUCAGCCAGAAGGAGCUGGUUCUGGCUGAGGCCCUGCAGAUGGAGUACGACGCCCUCUCCAGGCUCAAACAGGACAAGAGCGGAACCGACCCGGCCGGACCUCCGCCUCCAGGCCAAACCCGCUACAAGACCCCGAACCCCUCUGUGGAGCGCCCCCGACCUACCCCUGGCCAGCCAGGCCCAGCGGCCGGCGAAGGCGGCCUGCUGAGGGGCCUGUCUGGGUCCGACCCCUCCCUGAACCAGCCGGGAGGCUCCCAGUCGGCGCUGUCCGUCCUGGCCAGAGCGCCGCCCCCCCAGGGAGGCCAUGGCAAAGAGUCCCUGUACAUCCUGGAUGGUCCGAACCUCAGCAAGUUCAGGCACUCUUCAGGUUCUGGCCUCAGAGAUUCUCCUGGAUCUGGCUCAGGGUUUCUCAUCAAAGGCUUCCCCGCUCUGCCGGACGACGUUCCCCCUGCCUUACCCCCGAGGAACCCAAUCCUGCCGCCGUUGGAGAACCCCUUCCUGCCCCCUCGAGGGUCCAUGCUGGCCCGAGACGUGAACCUGUUCACGCCCGACGUAGAUCCGCCCAAAGUGCCGCCGGCGGAGCUGAACUACGACAACAUCAACGACUCACUGACCCGACUCAACGACAGCCGGCCGGUGCUGCCGCGAGGUCGCAGGGCCAACGGGGACCAAUCAGGGAAGCCUGUGGCUCGCAGCAAGACCCUCCCCCCUCAGGUGCCUCCCAGGACGUACGUACCUGUUCCCAAGACCAGCAAGAACCAGCGGAGAGUGUCGGCUGACCCGGUGUCUCUGGGCUCCAGGAUGAACGGGUUUGGAUACGAGCUGUUCCAGGUGUCGGAGGAGAGGGACGAGGAGGUGGCGGCUUUCUGCCACAUGCUGGACGUGCUGCGUUCGGCGUACCCUCACAGCGACCAGUCAAUGAACGCCGGUUUCGUUUGGUCGCCGUCGGUCGGCCAUGAGGAGCUCCAUCAGGCUCUGGGCGUCAGUGUGAAGGUCACGGUCAUCAGCGAGCACUUCAGAGAGCCUCUGACCUUCACCUGCGAUGGCUCGUCCACCGUCGACCUGCUCAUCUAUCAGACUCUGUGUUACGCUCAGGACGACCUGGACCAUGUGGACGUGGACGGAUACCUGCUGAAGGUCUGCGGACACGACGAGUUCCUCAGCAACUCUCAGACUCUGGCCAGUCUGGAGUUCGUCCAACAGUGUCUGAAGUUUGAGUGGGAUGUCCGACUGUUUCUGACCAAGAAGUCCUCCAUCAACACGGAGCUCAGCCGCACGAAAGAAGAUGAUGACAUGGCGUCUACCAUGAACCACAGCAUCCUGCUGCAGGAGCGUUCAAUCAAACAGACUGUCACCAGGGAGGCUCUGACUCUGCUUCUCGACACUUUUCAUAACGAAGCGGAAUCCUUCCUGCUUUCAGAGGUGGAGCUGCCGCUGCAUGUGGAGCGUCUCGUCCAAUCAGUGAAGGCGCUGUGCAGCUCGCUGGCUGCCGUGGAAACACCCGACGUGACGGCGGCGCUCAGCCAGCUCCCAGCAUGCCCCUGCCGGCUGCAGCCCAAAGUCCUGAAGGACGCCUCUUUGCUGGCAGUCAGAGAGAACAGAGAGAAAGUUGUGGAGAAGCUUACGGCGUCCAUCCUGGACCUGGUGGAGCUCUACUGUAGAACAUUUAAUGCCAACUUCCACCCGACGCCUCAGAGCCUGAGCUGCACGGCACCGGUUCAGGAGGCCGGCCUGGUCACCAACGUGCUCUCCUUCAACGUGCAUGCCGCCCAUCGCAUCCCCAUCACCUGGGCAGCCAGCUACGAGGGUUUUUUCCUGUCCUGCUCUCUGACUCAUGGAGGGGCGGAGCUCUGCGCACCACAGCACACCAGCAAACAGCCGGUCAGCAAAUACCUGUUUCACCUGGUGGUGUGGGACCAGAGGGUGUGCUUUCCGGUGCAGAUCAACCAAUUGCCCCGGGAGUCUCAGCUGACGGUGACGCUCUAUGCCAGCUGCCUGCCGCCACCUGGUGGCGCCGAGGAGAAGGGGAAGCAGCGGCGCAGCAUCGAGGCUCUGGGCUGGGUCACCAUGCCGCUGUUCAACUUCAGGCAUGUCCUGACAUGUGGUCGGAGGUUACUCGGUUUGUGGCCUUCAACUCCAGGAAGAAGUGGAAACGCUCGUACAAGUUCUCCCAACUUCAGCCAACCAGACAGCGUCAUCCUGCAGGUGGACUUCCCCACCUCGUUCUUCGAGGUCCGGUUCAGUACUCCGUCUCCAGCAGAGUUCUGUCCUCAGUACAACUUCUGUCGACUCGACACCAUCAGUCAGAUACAACUGCAGGACGUCCUACACAAGAAGGCCUUCUUCUGGCUGACUGUGGAGGACCGCCAUCUGCUGUGGGAGAAGAAGGCCUUCUGUCAGGCUGAGAGUGCAGCUCUUCCUCUGGUCCUAGCCAGCGCCCCCUGCUGGCAGUGGGCCUGUCUGCCUGAGAUCUACGCCCUGCUGAGACAGUGGGCCUGUCUGGGACACCUGGAUGCCCUGGGACUGCUGCACGCCUCGUUCCCAGACCAGGAGCUGAGGAGGACCGCGGUCCAGUGGAUGGACUCCAUCUCUGACCCGGAACUGCUGGAUAUUCUUCCUCAGCUGGUCCAGGCUCUGAAGUACGAGUGCUACCUGGACAGUUCUCUGGUCCGGUUCCUCCUCCGGAGAGCCAUCGGAGACGUUCGGAUCGCCCACUACCUGUUCUGGCUGCUGAAGGACAACCUCCAGGACAGUCAGUUCAGUGCUCGCUAUCAGCACCUGCUGGCCGCUCUGCUCUGCUGCGUCGGCCGAGGCCUCCGGGACGAGUUGGACCGCCAGUGCUGGCUGGUCUCCAUCCUCACCAAGGUGGCCCACAAGGUCCGAGAUGGGGCACCGUCCAGCCGACAGUGUGUCCUCAGAGAAGGUCUGGAGGAAAUGAAUCAGUUCUUCUCGGUGAACAGCAGCUGUAGACUCCCUCUGAACCCGGCGCUGCUUGUCACAGGAAUCAACAUCCAGUCAUGUUCCUUCUUCAACUCCAACGCCGUCCCCCUCAAACUGUCCUUCCAGAACCUGGACCCUCUGGGAGACAACAUCAACGUCAUCUUCAAGUCAGGAGACGACCUGAGGCAGGACAUGCUGACGCUGCAGAUGAUCCGCAUCAUGAACAAGAUCUGGAUCCAGGAAGGUCUGGACAUGAGGAUGGUCAUCUUCAGAUGCUUCUCCACCGGCAGAGGACGAGGGAUGGUGGAGAUGAUUCCUCAUGCUGACACGCUGAGGAAGAUCCAGGUGGAACAUGGAGUCACAGGAUCCUUCAAAGACCGACCGCUGGCCGACUGGCUGCAGAAACACAACCCCACUGACGAGCAGUACGACAAGGCGGUGGAGAACUUCAUCUACUCGUGUGCCGGCUGCUGCGUGGCGACCUACGUUCUGGGAAUCUGCGACCGCCACAACGACAACAUCAUGCUGAAGACCAGCGGUCACAUGUUCCACAUCGACUUCGGGAAGUUUCUGGGACACGCACAGAUGUUCGGGAACAUCAAGCGAGACCGCGCCCCCUUCGUCUUCACCUCUGAUAUGGCCUACGUCAUCAACGGAGGAGACAAACCUUCCAGCCGCUUCCACGACUUCGUGGAUCUCUGCUGUGAAGCGUACAACCUGAUUCGCAAACACACACACCUGUUCCUCAACCUGCUGGGCCUGAUGUUGUCCUGUGGGAUUCCUGAACUCUCUGAUCUGGAGGACCUGAAGUAUGUCUAUGAUGCUCUUAGACCUCAUGAGUCUGAAGCUGAUGCCACCAUGUACUUCACCAGGUUGAUCGAGUCGAGUCUCGGCAGCGUCGCGACCAAACUGAACUUCUUCAUCCAUAAUCUGGCUCAGAUGAAGUUUGCGUCGUCAGAGGAUCGUCCCACAUUGUCCUUCGCUCCCCGAAUCCACACGGCGAAGAGCGACGGCCUCAUCAGGAACCUCUACAUCUGCAGACACAUCCGCCCUGCCAGUAAAGGAUAUGCGUUUGUGGUCAAAGUGGAGCGAGAAGCUCAGCAGGAGGUCCAGCUGGUCCAGAGGAGCUUCGAGGAGUUUCAUGAACUUCACAGCAAACUGAGGCUUAUGUUCCCCUCAUCCAAACUGCCCAGCUUCCCCAGCCGCUUUGUGAUUGGACGUUCCCGUGGCGAGGCGAUGGCGGACAGGAGGAAGGACGAGCUGAACGGUUACGUCUGGCACCUGAUCCACGCGGCGUCGGAGGUCGCCCAGUGCGACCUAGUUUACACCUUCUUUCACCCGCUGCCCAGAGACGACACAACAGGAACAUCCAGCAGCAAACAAGCAGAGAUCUCCUGGUCUCCAGCUUCAGGAAAGGAACUCGGUGAAGUCAAACUGUCCAUCUCCUACAAGAACGACAAACUCUUCAUCAUGGUGAUGCACAUCCGAGGCCUGCAGCCCCUCCAGGAUGGUACAGAUCCUGAUCCCUACGUGAAGCUCUACCUGCUGCCAGACCCCCAGAAGACGAGCAAGAGGAAGACGAAGGCGGCACGUCGCACCUGUAACCCCACCUACAACGAGAUGGUGCGUUUCAGUGAUGUCAUAGAGGAGUUCUUCCUGGGUUCUGAGGACCGUCGGGGUCCAUGGGAGGAGUUAGCUCGUGAUCGUUGUCGUUUCCUGCGUCGCUGCCAGGAGGUGGAGCAGAGCAUCUCCUACGUGUUGCAGCCACAGCACCGUCGCAGCAUGCAGCAGCGCAUGGACGCCUCCCUGCAGGACGUAUGAGGAGCUGCAGAGGAGCAGCUCAGACUGAUGCAGCUGUCAGCCCAAACAUGCAGCGAUGCAGGAGUCACAGUUAAGUUGGUAUUAUUAAGGUGGUAUUGAGGUGUUAAUGAAGGUGGUAUUAUUAAGGUGGUAUUGGGUUUGAAGGGCUCGUGUUCGCUGUGAGGAACCCUGAGGAACGUCUCCAGGUCUGCUGUCUCCAGCUGCUGCAGAUUAUUUUUCUAACCCAGAGGAGGACUUGAUGUUCAGCAGAAGCUCAGAGACGUUUGAUGGACCGAUGGAUGGAGUUUAUCUCCAGAAGAUCUUUAAUUAAUUAAUGACUUUAUCUCCAAGAGAUCUUUAAUUAAUUUGGUUUGUUUCUCAUCAGUUCCAGAAGUAUGAAAAUUAACUCCUGAUGUUUAUCAGAAAUAUUCUCAUUUAAAACAACCAAUCAACAGUUAAAGAUUUAAGUUUGGUAUGAUGGAAGUACAACAGGAUGUACUCCUGAUUGAUCAGCUGCUGAUCAGUUCAGUAUUAAUCUGAUUGAUCAGCUGCUGAUUGAUCAGUUUAGUAUUAAUUUGAUUGAUCAGUAUUUCUGGUUUCUUUCUUCUGACAGUAAACUGCAGGAAGCUGAUCCUCAUUUAUUAUUUAGAGUCCAACAACUGAUUGAUGGAUCAGAGUCCUUGAUGGAUCAGAGUCAUUGAUCGAUCAGAGUCAUUGAUCGAUCAGAGUCCUUGAUCGAUCAGAAUAUUGAUCGAUCAGAAUAUUGAUCGAUCAGUCAUUGAUCGAUCAGAGUCAUUGAUCGAUCAGAAUAUUGAUUGAUCAGUCAUUGAUGGAUCAGAGUCCUUGAUCGAUCAGAGUCAUUGAUCGAUCAGAGUCAUUGAUCGAUCAGAGUCCUUGAUCGAUCAGAAUAUUGAUCGAUCAGUCGUUGAUCGAUCAGAGUCAUUGAUCGAUCAGAAUAUUGAUUGAUCAGUCAUUGAUGGAUCAGAGUCAUUGAUCGAUCAGCUGCACUGCUUCCUGUUUAAAGCCAAAGAUCACUAAUCACCAGUAAUCAAUAAUCAGUUCUAAUCAGUCUGAUCGAGUCACUGUGCUGUGAGUCCAUGAGCUGAACGUCCAGCAGGAGGCACCGCCACAUGUUCACAUGUUCUAAUGUUCCAGAUGUUCACAUGUUCCACGUGUUCACAUGUUCCAGUUGAUGGUAGCUCCAGAUGUAUGGAAAGUUCCAGAACAUUUGCUUCUGGAGCUUUCCACACAGGAACCAAACCCUAACCAUGAACAUGUUGACAUGAAUGUUGGACCAGAACAUCUGGUCCAGAUGUUGAGAUCCAAAUGUUCUGGUCCAGAUGUUCUGGUCCAGAUGUUCUGGUCCAAAUGUUGACAUCCAGAUGUUCUGCUUCAGACCUUCUGGUCCAGAUGUGUUCAGGACUUUAAUGCUGAGCUGGAAGCAGAAACUGCAGAAAGGAUUUCUCCACAAAUCUUUUUUGAACAGGACGUUAGUUUGUGAGUUUAAACAGAACAUUAAAUAGUCGGAUCAAUAGACAGUCGGAACAUUAAACAGUCGGACAUUAAACAGUCGGAACAUUAAACGGAACAUGAAACAGUCGGAACAGUAAAACAGAACAUUAAACAUUCUGAACAUUAAACAGUCAGAACAUUAAAGCAGCAUUAAACUGUCGGAACAAUAAAACAACAUUAAACAGUCGAAACAAUAAACGGAACAUUAAACAGUCGGAACAUUAAAACAGCAAUAAACAGUCGGAACAAUAGACAGUCGGAACAUUAAACAGAACAUUAAACAGACCACGAAAGAGUCGAAACAUUAAACAGAACAUGAAAGAGUCGGAACAUUAAACAGAACAUCAAACAGUGGGAACAUCAGACAGUGGGAACAUUAAACAGUCGGAACAUUAAAACAUCAAACAGUGGGAACAUUAAACAGUCGGAACAAUAAAACAACAUUAAACAGUCGAAACAAUAAACGGAACAUUAAACAGUCGGAACAUUAAAACAGCAAUAAACAGUCGGAACAAUAGACAGUCGAAACAUUAAACAGAACAUCAAACAGUAGGAACAUCAGACAGUGGGAACAUUAAACAGUCGGAACAUUAAAACAGAACAUUAAACAAUCGGAACAUUAAAACAUCAAACAGUGGGAACAUUAAACAGAACAUUAAAACAACAUUAAACAGUCGGAACAUUAAAACAUCAAACAGUGGGAACAUUAAACAGUCGGAACAUUAAAACAACAUUAAACAGUCGGAAUAUUUAAACAUCAAACAGUGGGAACAUUAAACAGUCGGAACAUUAAAGCAUCAAACAGUGGGAACAUUAAACAGUCGGAACAUUAAAACAACAUUAAACAGUCGGAACAUUAAAACAUCAAACAGUGGGAACAUUAAACAGUCGGAACAUUAAAACAACAUUAAACAGUCGGAACAUUAAAACAUCAAACAGUGGGAACAUUAAACAGUCGGAACAUUAAAACAACAUUAAACAGUCGGAAUAUUUAAACAUCAAACAGUGGGAACAUUAAACAGUCGGAACAUUAAAGCAUCAAACAGUGGGAACAUUAAACAGUCGGAACAUUAAAACAACAUUAAACAGUCGGAACAUUAAAACAUCAAACAGUGGGAACAUUAAACAGUCGGAACAUUAAAACAACAUUAAACAGUCGGAACAUUAAAACAUCAAACAGUGGGAACAUUAAACAGUCGGAACAUUAAAACAACAUUAAACAGUCGGAAUAUUUAAACAUCAAACAGUGGGAACAUUAAACAGUCGGAACAUUAAAAUAGGAAAAAAAGACUGAAAAAUUAAAGAACCAAACUUUCGGGUUCCUGUUGGAGCUAAAAGGUUCUCCUGGAAAACUUCAGAACUCUGAAGGAGAACUUCAGCUGGACGUUCAGUUCACAUUAAUGAAGGUUUCUGCAGGAUCCACGGCCACACGCUAACAUGCUAACAGGCGUGUUGGAGCUCCAGGAUGGACAUGUGUUGAAUGUGACAUCCGUGUUUGUGAGGACAUAAAGGCUGAACCCUCAGAGGAGCUCCAUUGUUAUUUUGGAAAAGCAUUUUAUUUUUCUAACGUUUGGUUUGUUUGGUUCUGUUUAAUCUGCUGAGAUCAACAAGAAUAAAUCAAUAUUUAACGAUCA